AUGAUUCAAUUUCUUUGGAUCAUUGGAUGGUCUACAAUAUUUGCCCCACUUGUUCUUUCCUUGGCCAUUGUCGACACUUCCAUUGCUUGUGAUAAGACAGAUUUUCUUCUAAAAAUCAAAUUCGACGACGUCUUCCGAGGUACGAUACAAAGUCGAUCGGGCAGCCCAAAGUGUAUUUAUGCAAAUGGAACAUUACAACCAGACACCAAAUAUCAGUUGAAGAUUCCACUGAAAGGAUGCUCAACCAAGGAGAACGGCGAGGGAAAUUUGGAGAACGAGAUUGAAGUGGUGAUGGCGAAUAAUAAUGAAUUCAACGCUGAAACUGACAAGCGCUUCCUGCUCACCUGCAUACCUGCCGCCCCAGUUCCAAAAGAAUCUCAAGUUACCGUAUCCUUCGGUGGCAUCACAAUCAAUUCAGAUGCCACAACCGCAAGUAGUUUGCUGAAUAAUCAGACAGUUGACUAUCGAGUACGCGUUUUGGAUGGGGCCAGUUUGGAUGCCAAGCAAUUGCAGAGGCCGUUAGCUGUUGAAGAUAAAGUGGUUUGGGGUGAUUUUGAAGUAUCUCGACGGAACGGGAAGACCAUUUUCUACAACCAUAUAAAAGCAUGGGCAUUUCCAACAAGCAACGAAGUGAACAUCUUCUGCAAUCUUCACGUCUGCGUAACCUGCUCCCAACCCACCUGUCGUGGUCGUGAACGUCGUCACCACUCAUCUGAAUCCCCGAUCGCCGAUCCCUUCACCUCCUCCAUUGACGUCUCUGAUAUAUCCCCUCCCAUCGCCGUUCGAACAUCGUUCCGUUUAAAACGAGAGAAUCAAAAUCAGGCUCGUCUGGAGACAUCGCCUUCCGCCGUCUCCACGUCUUCCUCUUCUGCCAAUCACGUCUUCUUCCUCCUUGUCCUCCUAAUUGCUGCUUCAGGUGUCUUUGCAUUUUAG